AUGAGGAUCAGACAUGGGACAAAAGUCCAUCAUCACUCCAAACCUAUUUCUAAAAUACACUUCAUAUUUAUUUUCCUGCUGCUCAUAUUCACACCGAGGGUGGAUUCAUCGUGGUGGUACAUUGGGGCGCUAGGUGCUCGAGUGAUCUGCGACAACAUUCCCGGCCUGGUGAACAAGCAGCGGCAGCUCUGCCAGCGGCACCCAGACCUGAUGCAGUCCAUCGGAGAGGGAGCCAAAGAGUGGAUCAAAGAGUGCCAGCACCAGUUCAGGAACCACCGCUGGAACUGCAGCACGCUAGACCGAGACCACACGGUCUUUGGCAGGGUGAUGCUGCGUAGCAGCCGUGAGGCAGCGUUCGUGUACGCAAUCUCUUCGGCAGGAGUGGUCUACGCCAUUACCAGGGCCUGCAGCCAGGGGGAGCUAAAGAUCUGCAACUGCGACGGCCAGAAGAGGGGGCAAGCCAGCGACGACAGGGGCAACUUCGACUGGGGUGGAUGCAGCGACAACAUCAACUACGGCAUCAAAUUUGCCAAGGCUUUCGUAGACGCUCGAGAGAGGAUGGUGAAAGACGCUCGUGCGCUGAUGAACCUGCACAACAACCGCUGUGGUCGUAUGGCAGUGAAGCGCUUUAUGAAGCUGGAGUGCAAGUGUCACGGGGUCAGUGGCUCCUGUUCUCUGAGGACCUGCUGGCUGGCCAUGGCUGACUUCAGGCGAACUGGGGACUACCUGCGUAAGAAGUACAACACAGCCAUCGAGGUGACCAUGAACCAGGACGGGACGGGCUUCAUGGUGGCUGACAAGGACUUCAAGGGAAGCACCAAGAAUGAGUUGGUUUACGUCGAGAACUCACCAGAUUACUGUCUCACGGACCGCCCUGCAGGGUCGUUGGGCACAGCAGGCAGAGUGUGCAACAAGUCCUCGAGAGGCACAGACGGCUGUGAGGUCAUGUGCUGUGGACGGGGCUACGACACCAUGCGAGUCAAACGGGUCACCAAGUGCGAGUGUAAGUUCAAGUGGUGCUGCGCUGUGGAGUGCCAAGACUGCGAGGACUUGGUGGACGUUCACACCUGCAAACCCCACAAGCGACCCGAUUGGCUGGACAUAACCUAACGAGUAGGCUUGGCCAAUCACAAGUCGCCACUGACUCAAUAACCUGCGCGCUAAUGACUGCAAUUUAUUAUAGGAUAUAUAAUUGGGAUUUCCUGACUGUAAUGCCUCCUGCUUUUGAUCUUCUGACACUCCCUGGAGCAGAGACUUCACAGACCUUGAAGCUAAACUGGAAAUUAGGCCCAGUUCCUGAUUGUCUGCUGCUUUAAUAGUGUUUCUGAGAAUUUGUUGAGCUUUUUUAAAAGAAACUUUGAAUCUUUGAUACAAAAUGGCUGAACAUCAUAUUAUUCUGUUGUAAAUGCACCCUAGUUUAAAGAAGUGAUAUGAACAAUACUGUCUGCUUGUUUUACAAUGUGUAAAAUGUGUGAGAACUUGACAUACUGCUAUACUGAUGAUCAUAACAACAACUAUUUCACCUGAAGAGAAAAAGAUAAAGAACGAAAGAUGGGGGAAUGUUUUAAGAUAUUGUAAAAACACUGUCUUUGUAUCAUUUAAAUUAUAUUGGAAUGGUUCUGCUACAAAUCAUUUAACAUACAAAAGACAGUUGCUGCUAAUGAGUGGAGAGGGCGCUGGUGAAGAAGUAAACUAAAGGAACAAGAUCAGACAAUCACACUGAACCGAAAGAACGAAAAACAAGAGACAACUUCAGUCCAUCAGUUAAAGUGGCCGUAUAGUUGCUGCAGAGCUGUAUUUAGCACGUUUUGGGGAGAAAAAGGACAGGAAAAAUUAAGCUUCAUUUGGACUGUUUUCUAAAAGGGUUAAAUGUUUGCAUGUUUGACGGUCUGCAAUUGGUCUAACACAUUCUGGCUGUUUUGCCUUAAUGUGAACUUUAUUAUUUCUACCUCUGGUUCUCUGUCUUUGUUUUCAGGUUUUGUUUCAGUGCUAUGCCAACAGCUUCAAUCAAUUGUGAUUUGGCGGUUUUCAGACAGACAACAUCAAUGCGUAAAAUACCUAAUACCAUUUAAUUAGGUCAAUCCGGCAAAAAAGUAAUUCUCUGUCUCAAAAGACAUUACUGCAAGACAAGGGCCUAUGUAGAUCAUAUACUGUAGGUGCAUGUUCACAUUUGAUUUUACUGGAAAUUCAACUGUUUACCUGAUCAUCAGAGAACAAAAAAAAAACGAAUUUGGCCUGAUGACUUCCAAAAGCUGUGAAAUCCAGUUCCACACAAACUGCUGUGUAUUGAUUUUGUCUCUGGUUAGUCUUCAAACUCAUGGAUUUAUUAUUAAGAAACUGCCCCUCCUGGAUCUUAUAUAAUGUCAACCUUAAACAAAAUGCAGGCAGUUGUUUUCAAUCUGAACCCCCAGUUAGGCAUACCCUCAGUCCUCUUUACCCAAAAGUUUACCGACUUGCAUUUUCUCUUGGUCGCAGUUGUUUCAAUUUUUGUAUUCAACCCUCAUGCCUCUUGUUUGACGACAGUAAUCUCCAGAAAGCUGUGGAAAUGUUCUUUGGCUGCUUGAUCAGAUGCAGCUUCUUUAUUUUGUUUCUGUACAAAAAAUAACCUCCUUACAUUCUGUAUUGAUGCUGUCCUAAGUUCAAGACAGCUUUUAAAGCAAUGGAUUAUGGUGACAAACAUGUCAUCGAUUUAAAGAUGAUGAACUUAUUCAUGAUGUCAGUUAAUUAUGGUGGUAUAGAGCUCAUUUUGUAUUAGCAUCACUGUGAUUACCAUCUUCCACAGACACCGCAGCUGUUUAUGCUGCUGAUAACAUUAUGCCCUCAAAUAAGAAGGCCUUACAAAAUACAUUUAAAGUUCAUUUAAUAAUGCUGCUAAAUUGUAAUAGAUCCUUAAUAAAACUGAACAGCAAGAUACAUACUGUAAAGCUGAAGAUCCUAAUUAUA